AUCAGUCAUGGGUCUGCUGCUGCCUUUGCUUCUUAGCUUUCUUGCCUGUAUUUUUGGUGGACUGUACUUUCUGGGAGUUUUUAGACAAAGACGUCCAGGAGAACCUCCUUUAGAUAAAGGUUGGGUUCCUUGGCUGGGUCAUGUCCUGGAGUUCCGGAGGGACACUCCCAAAUUUUUACAGAGAAUGAGGCAAAAACAUGGUGAUAUUUUUACAGUACAGCUGGGUGGUGUUUAUGUGACCUUUCUUCAAGACCAUUUGUCAUUCAGACAAUUUUUCAAAGAAAGCAGAGAAAAAAUUGACUUUACUACAUUUUCUAAGACGCUCAUGAGAGUCUUUGGCUAUGAGAGUGCUUUUAAUUAUACGUCAAUCAAUCAGGAAAUAUACAGGCAGCACCUCACUGGUCACAGACUGCACAUGAUGACAGAAUCUAUAAUGAGGAAUUUGCAGAAACUCAUGCUGCACAAUCUUGGCUCUGCUGCAAAACAAAAGACCUGGACAGAGGGAGAACUUUUCAAUUAUUGCUGCAACAUUGUGUUUAGAGCUGGUUACCUGACUUUGUUCGGCAAUGCAUCAUCAAAGACUGAAGGAGAUGAAGAGAAAGCCAACACUAAAGACAGAAUUGAGUCGGAAGCCUUGCUUCAUGAGUUUCGCAAAUACGAUCAGCUUUUUCCUGAUUUAGUUUAUGGUGUCCUACCCCCAAGCGGAAGGAAAGAGGCUUUCAGAGUGAAGAGUCACUUUUGGGAUGCUCUGUCCAUGAAAAAAAUUAAAAGCAAAGACAACAUUAGUGGCUGGAUAUGGGACAUGUACAACGUGCGAAGACAGAGAGGUAUGUCAGAGUCAAUGAUCAACAGACUCAUGUUUGCAUUACUCUUUGCUUCUCAGACCAACACUAGGCCUGUUUCGUUUUGGCUUCUUCUUUAUCUUAUGAAGGACCCUAUUGCAAUGGAGGCUCUGAAAAAAGAAGUAGAUAUGGUUCUUAAGGAGUCUGGGCAGGAGGUCCAACCUGGUGGUCCUCCAGUCAACGUAACCUAUGAAAUGCUCAUGAAAACACCAGUUCUAGACAGUGCUCUUGAAGAAACUCUUCGUCUUGUGGUAGCACCAAUGCUCCCCAGAUCUGUUCUUCAAGAUAUGACGCUGAAAAUGGGUAAUGGUGAUGAGUUUUUAAUCCGCAAAGGAGAUCGCAUGGCUAUUUUUCCUUACACUGCUGUUCAUGUUGACUCUGAGAUCCACCCUGACCCAUAUACCUUCAAGUACGACCGGUUCCUCACUCCAGAAGGUACCAAGAAAACCGAUUUCUACCAAGGAGGGAAAAAGGUGGAGUACUUCUCCAUACCCUGGGGGUCUGGAGUGUUCAAAUGCCCUGGUCGCUUCUUUGCCACCAACGAGAUCAAGGUGUUUGUUUUCCUCAUGUUUGUCUAUUUUGACUUUGAGCUGAUUAAUUCAGGUGAGAAGAUACCACAAAUCAACCCGACACGGUGGGGAUUUGGAGCCAUGCAACCAGACACAGAUGUCAAGUUUCAUUACAGGCUUAGGCACUAA